AUGCCCAAAAAGCUGUUCAACCCCCUGUGGCUGCACUUCACCGAGCCGGUCCCGGGCCGGGGGAAGUGCGCCCACUGCGACCAGACGGUGAGCAUGGGCGCCACCGCGGGCCGCAACAAGAACACCACCAACCUCUGGAAGCACCUGGAAAACCACCAUUCCGAAGUGUUCCGAGAGGCCAAGAGGAGCAAGGAGGAGCUGACCCGGGCCGCCGACGCCUCCACCACGCAGAACAUCAUCGCCCAGAUCGUGCCCAAAGAGCCGCGGUCCGACAAGUGGAAGGACACGGAGCUCAAGUCCAAAAAAAUCGAUAAACUGAUCGCGGAGAUGUGCGCGACGGACGACCAGCCGUUCGCCGUGGUGUCCGGGCGCGGGUUCAAGCGGCUCGUCGCGGCGCUGGAACCGAAAUACACCGUGAAGAGCGAGAAGUUCUACCGCUCCGAUCUCCUGGAGAACCUGUACAAGAAGGUCCAGAGCUGCAUCCGCGCGCUGAUUUCGCCGAAAGGAGCGAAAGAGCCGUUCCUGUCGUUCACCGCCGACAGCUCGCCGGGGGGGGCGGAGUCGAUGAUGAGCCUGACGUGCCACUUCAUCGACGAGAAGUGGGAGCGCAGACGGGUCGUUCUGCACGUCAAAGCGAUGACGGACGCCAGCACCGUCAGCUACAUCCACCAGUUCUUCCUCCCGCUGCUGAAAUACUGGAGCAUCAACCAGACGAGGGUGUUCCUGGUGCUGCGGGACUGCGGCGCGGACGUUUCGGAGGAGCAGAGGUUGGUGGAGGUGCCGGGGCUGAGCUGCGCGGCGCACUGCCUGCAGAACGUGAUCGAGGAAGGGAUCAACAAACGCAUGGUGCUGGACGACGCGGCGAGGUGGAUUUCGACGCUGCAGAUGCUGAGGCGCGCGCAGGAGCAGAAGAGGGCGCUCACCAGUUACGCGCAGAAGUACGGGCACUUCGCGACGGCGACGAACGAGGAGUGGGAGCUGAUGAGGAGCGUGGUGGAGACGCUGUCGCCGUUCGAGGAGGUGGCGCGGGAGAUCUGCACCAGCGCGUCGUCCUUGUCCUGCGUCAUCCCGAGCGUCUCCGUCCUCAAGAUGAUCCUGCAGGCGGAGUGCGCGGCCACCAGGGGCACCGCCACCCUGCGCCAGACCAUGCUGCGCGGUCUGGAGCGCAGGUUUGCCAAACUGGAGGAGAGGAAGAUUCUGGUGCUGGCGACGCUCCUCGACCCCAGAUACAAAUGCAACGUCCUGUCGGGAGACGCGCUCAACAACGCCCCCAAGUGGCUGAGCGAGGAGCACGCGGCGUGUUCGGCCCUGAAGGAGGAAGAGGGGGAGGGCGCCGGAGAGGAGGCGGGGACUAAACAGGUGUGUAAGCAGGAGGAGGAGGAGGUCCGGCCCGGUGGAGCAGGUCUGGUGGAGCAGAUCUUUGCGAGUCUCUUGGGUCAAGCUCCUCAGGAACACAGGAGCCCAGAACUGUCAGGACAACUGGAGCAGUACCUGAACGAACCGCUCAUAGACAGGAAGUUCGGCGACCCCCUGGGCUGGUGGCGGGCGAACACUCUGAGGUUUGACCUUUUGGCCCCUCUGGCUCGCCGUCUGCUGUCCGCUCCCCCGGCGGCGCUCGCGGGAGACGGCGGCUCCGGCCGAGCGGAGACGACGCUCCGAGCCGGAGACGAGAACGCCGAAAAACUCCACUUCCUCAAACACAACCUGCCGCUCCUCAGAUGGGAAUACUGAACUGAAACGCGGGGCCGGACGUGUCAGAUGCCCUCCCGCGAUAGACUGAUUUCACAACGUUCACAAGGGCCUCGCUUUAGGUUUGAGGAACUUCAGGUUAAUGUUUUUCUGUGUAAAUGUUUGUCGUUUUCUCCAGCAGCUUCAUAAAUCUGCCCCAUCACCAAAUCUUCAACCAACAAGAAUUUAUCCACAACAUCAAGAGAAGAAAGACCAAAACUAACGUCGGCGACACUGUGAUUUUUCACUCGUGCGACUGAGUUUUGUCUUAAUCUUGUGUCGUGCUUCGUGUUGUAAACAUGGAGCAACGAGAACCGAUGAAAACUUCACGAUUAUCAAACUGCUGAAGUGGUUCGGCGUGAGAAUCGUGAGCUGUGAACUUUUAAACCCUGAGAUUUAGUCGAACAGUUUGAGCUGGAGCUGAGUGAAAACAUCGAAAACAUCACACAGCGGACGUCCGACGUUAAAGGAGAACAACGACCGCGCGUUAGAGACACACGGAACAAAAUAUUAACGUUAUGAUUCUACAGAUGUCGCACAAAUCUCUCGACAUCAUGAAAGCAAUUUUUUAAUUUUAAUUGUAGAAUCAGUCUGAGUGAACAAGUUCCUUCUGUUUUAUUCAUGACCGUAAGAUAGAUAAAUACUUUAAAUUCAGGUACUGCAGUCGUAUCUCAGGUGCAACUUUGAGAAAAACACUAAAGCGUAACAUGACGAGAGGAGAAAAAAAAGGAAACGACCCCCAGACCAUGUUCCUGUGGGAGCAUAAUGUGAGACCAGGACAGAAAACUCGUGACAUAAGCUCAUGAUCAAACACAGGACGACAUGAAAACUCGACCUGACGCAGGGACGGGAGUCACAGGCAAAACACAACACAAUAGACGAGUUUGAGCUGACGUCAUUGUUAUUAAAAGUCCGCGUUGCUGCUGGGAAAUAUUUUGGUCGGAGGCAAGAAACACGGUAGCGUCAAACACAGUGUGUAACCUCGUGUAUUUAUCCUGAUAAUGGUAAAUUCCUGCUGCAUUAUCAGACGCACAAAUAGAAACACGGAAGAAGGAAAAUGUCUUUUUCAUAUUCUGAGUGAAAAGAACCACUAACGGUGAAUUAAACGACUUUCAAACAUCCGCAGAGCAAACGUAGAAGAUCCUAACAAACCGUGGACUCAACAAGUUCAACAACACAUCCAGACUCUUGGAGGUUUUCAUCUUUUCUGCUGUGAAUGGCCCAGGAGUUUCCACCAAGUCAUUGUGGAUGUCGCCCAAGUGAAUAUUUGUCCAGGGAGUUGGAGAUUCUGACCAGAAGUUUUGUUUUGUCCACCUUUUGUCGGGGUUGAAAAGGGUGAUUUGUCGUCCGUCGAUGUUUAUGACCAAUUUCUGGUCAAAUGGUCUUGGGUCCUCUGCCGUUAGAGUGGAUAAAUAACCUGGAUCAAUACCCUUUACGUGCUUUCUCGCUCCGUCCGUCAUGUUGAAUUAGUGUUUCUUGCCGCCGACCAAAAUAAUUCCCAGCAUGAAACGCACGCUUUUGUCAACAAUGAAACUCGCCCAUGCAAAAACACAACACAACAGUGAAGGCGUGGGGGGGGGGCGGGGGGGGUGGGGGGGCCUGGAGAGCCACAAUCUCAGCUGCCGUGGAGACGACCUUGAUCGGGUCCCAGACGGAGUCAACAUCUGCAGGUGUCCGUCCCAGUGAAGGAAAGGAAUGCAAGAGAUAACAGGAGUUUAGUUUCUUGUGUGACUAAUGUGUGCUCUUUGUUCUCCUUUAAGUUUUGGUCUUUGUUCUCUUGAUGUUGUGGAUAAAUUCUUGUUGGUUGAAGAUUUGGUGAUGGGGCAGAAUUAUGAAGCUGCUGGAGAAUACGACACACAUUUACACACACAUUUACACACACAUUUACACACACAUUUACCGUAUUUUCCGGGCUAUUAGUCGCGCUCUUAAGCCUCCAACACCAUCAAAAAACGACCGCGGGCCACAAUCCAGAGCCCCCCAUAUACGAAUCCACUCGGGUGUCUCAGUACGACUUCAGUAAACUACAAAGCCGCAAACACACACGGAGCAGACAGCGACCGCACAGCGACACACACCCACAGACACACUCAUCACUCCACGCCGACGAGGAACGGAACGGAGGAACGAACCGAAAAAGCGAGCGCGACGUCCCGCUUCUAGACACGACUGAACAACUGAGUCACUGCGAACACGCCGACAAUCCGUUAGUCCCAGACACACCCUCCCUACACGACAGUUUUAAAAUGUAAGAAAUGACCGAUAACGACGGACAAAACUGAAAUUUCGUUUACCGAGAUUAGAAUUUCUGUCGAGAUGAACGGAGAACUGUGCUUAAAGACGGGGUAUUUUUGGAGCUUUCUCUUUCCCAUGUUUUAACGUUCCAUCGUCUAAUAAAAAAACACGUCUGAAGAGGUUUUAGACACAUCCACGCGUGUUUGAGUAAUCUAGCGAUCUCUCUGUACGAGAUUUCUCCAUAAAUACGACAAUAAACACGAAGAUUCUCCAUAAAUAACACAAAAACAUGACAGAAAACCGCAGUAGUUUCGUUAGAGGGAGACGCGCGGUGAUUGUGCUGUGAUGGCGCUCUGAAGGGGGAGCGACUUAGCAGCAAAACCGAAACUUAUAAAACGUGUUAAUCUGUUGUUGCGGGUGAUUACAGCCUUUACAAAACAAUAAAAAGAGCUAAAAAUGUGAGGAACGGAACGGAGGAACGAACCGAAAAAAGCGACGAGCGCGACGAGCCGCUUCUAGACACGACUGAACAACUGAGUCACUGAACAUGACGACAAUCCAGACACACCCUCCAAAACCAAACAAAACCACUCACCCAUCACACUGUUGGGUUUCCUUUAAAGUCCCACGCGGUUUAUUUGUGAAAAAAGUUUGAAAAUAGACCAUUUAACGACGAUUUAUAAUCCAGAGCGACUAAUAACCCGGAAAAUACUCAUUUACACGCACACAUUUUGCCGUGGAAAACCAUAAAGUGGAAGUUCCUCAAACCUACAGCGCGACACUUGAGCCGAUGUGAAAAAUGUGGAAACGUCUCUAGUUACUGUGCAGAUGUGGUGCGUCAGAUGCCCUCCCAGAUGCUGUGCCGUGUCGUAGUUUUGGGCGGUGAUACAGUAUUACAGUUUCCCGCGGUAUCGAAGUUUCAUCAACGUCAUUAAAAAAAACCUGCAGCACAUAAGGACCUGAUAGAAUAUUAUAAUUUAUUUGUUUGUUCAGCACAAAUGAGUGUGUGGUUGUAUUUUCAGUUCAAUUCUUUCACGAUUUAAAACUAAAAGUGUUUAUAAUGUUUCUUUUAACUGUGUGGGGAGACGACGUUAGUUAGUUUUGUUCCGUUGUCACGUGACGCUCAUAAGAGACCGAGACAAGACGACAAGUCCAACUGCAAGAGAGUUGGUCCCAAAAAAUAAAAAGAAAUACUAGUUCUUCUACAGUUUGCAGCAUUUUGGCUUCAGGUGCACAUUUGUUUACGUUUUACAGAAAAUAAACUUAA